AUGACCAGAAAAAAAAAUGUUAAAGUGCAACCAGAGCCAGAAGAUGACGAAUUCGAAGUGGAGGACAUUUUGGACUUCAAAUACGUCAAAGGAAAGCCGAGAUAUCUUAUCAAAUGGAAAGGAUACCCUCCAGAAGACAACACAUGGGAACCAGAGGAAAAUAUGACAAAUAUCUCGGAUUUCACAAAGAAGAUGAUAUCACUGAAGAAGGCAUAUGAAUCGUUGAAACUAUCAAAGUCGAGAAGUACAGAAGGAUCACAAGGAAACAAGAGGCAGAAAACACAGGAAACGAAGGAAUAUCACACGAAAGGAGGAAAAAAUAAGGAAAUGCAAACACAAUUAAACGCGUCGGAAAGAGAGUCGAACGAAGGUGGAAUGACAAACGGAAUGUUAUCGACCGAAAAGCAAACAAAAGAACAAAAACUAAGAGAAGAAGGAGAGGAGUCAGAAGGAGAUAAAACGCAGAUAAAAAACGGAGUUAAUAGAGAAAGGAGGAAGAAGGUGAAGACGCCAGAAGACCCUGACCUGAAGGAGCUGAGAGUAGCAGAUUUUGUCCUCAGCGACCUGAAGCUAGGAGAUCUGGAAAGAGGAGAGGAGCUGCUGGAAACAUUCACAGAAGAAGCAGUGGAAGUGGAGGACCUGCUGGACUAUAAACCGAAGUUUAAAAAGGACUACUUCUUAGUAAGGUGGAAAGGAGACUGGGAAGAUUCCUGGGAACCAAGAAAAAAUCUACUCAUAGUAGGAGAACUGAUGAAUAAAAUGAUAGACCUGAAGAUGAGCUAUAUGAGAAUAUACGGACACACAGAAAUGGAAGACGAAGAAUUUGUAACAAUCCAGUCAAUAAGAAUAAGCGGAAGCGCAACACUGUCAGCAGUAGUAGUGGAAAUGACAAAGGAGAGCGAAAAGAGAACAGUGUUACCACUGCAAGAAGUAAGGCAGAGAUGGCCACAACAACUGUUGGAUUUCCUGCUGUCCAAACUCAGACUUAAAACAUGA